GUAUAAAAAUUAAUUUUCCUUUUAGAAGAAAUACAAAAUAGCAUUAGAAUCAUUAUUUGCAUUUAUUAUUAAGAUGAAAGAUUUAAAAGAAAUGGCUAUGAUACUAAAAGAAUAUGAUUUUUCAGGUCAUAGACUUCGGAUCAUCGUGUUAUGAACAUCAGAGAGUGUAUACCUACAUCCAGUCUCGUUUUUAUCGGGCUCCUGAAGUAAUUCUUGGAGCGAAAUAUGGGAUGCCAAUCGACAUGUGGUCUUUGGGUUGCAUACUUGCAGAACUUUUAACAGGAUUUCCUCUUCUUCCUGGUGAAGACGAGGCUGACCAACUCGCUUGCAUAAUGGAACUACUUGGUAUGCCUCCGCAGAAGCUUUUAGAUCAAUCAAAACGCGCUAAGAAUUUCAUAAGUUCAAAGGGUUAUCCUCGUUAUUGUACAGCGACCGCUUUGGCAGAUGGUACAGUAGUGUUAAGUGGCGGGUUGAGUCGCAGAGGCAAGCCAAGAGGCCCACCUGGAUCGAAAGAACUUAAACGGGCGCUUAAGGGUUGUGAUGACCCACUGUUUCUAGAUUUUAUUAAGCGCUGUUUAGAGUGGGAUCCUGAUGUACGUAUGACACCUGCGGCUGCAUUACGUCACGCAUGGCUUCGUAGACGUUUACCCAGACCUCCGCAAGAGAAGAGCGAGCCCACAAGAACUCCGACCGGCUUGCGUACCCCCAAAAGUAACACGUUGCUAAGUAGUAACAGCAAUAAGGUACGUGUACAACUUAGCGAUGAAAGAUCGGCAACAUUACAUUCUCAACAUAGCACGCAUUCAGGGAAGUUGCCCCCUGUCACGUAGCCUAUUUCUGAUGUGGUACUACAUGUGAUUCUAGGUUAAUUCUAAGUAGUCAAUGACUGUGUUUUUAACACAUAUCGUGCGUAGUAUUGUGAUUGCAUUAAUAGUUACUACCAUUAAAGAUGGUGACUUAAAGCAAGAUGCACACAUGUAUUUGAGUGUUUGUAAGUGUUAGUAACUUACAAUGAUUUUAUAACGUUUCGAUAAUCCAUAGAGUAAAUAUUAAUAUGUAUAUGUCUACCCUGACAAACCCAAUUUCAAACUAUUAAAUACAUCUCUUUAAAACCGCCUCUCAUAUGUGAAAAUUAAUGUAAACGCUAAUUUGUGUUCUCUCCUUUUUAUUAGCUUCUUAUAAUCAUUCUUUUCCGUGUACUUUAUUAUGAUAUUUUCUUGAAAAGUAAUGUAGAUUGACUUUGUGGUUGGGUGUGAUAGGGAAAUAUAUACGUGUUAAUUCAUAAUAAGCAGAAUUUAGUAAUCAAAGAUAAUUUAUUUAAUAGGCGUUGGCUUGCAUCCAUUAAUUAAAAGUCGUCUGGAUUUGAUUUUGCAAGUUAGACUGUUCUGACACUGUCGUUUAUAUAUUUUUAUUGUGCAAUAAUUUAUUAACUAACCAAAAGUUAGUCCUGUUUGAUUUAAAGGAUCUUGAAAGUAGUGACACAAUGUUUAAAGUCUUAAUGUGGCAAUAAAUUAACAUUUUCAAAAGUAAACCAAAGGAUAAGAAGAUAUCAUACAGAUUUCUUGUGCUAUAUCCCUUUUCUUUUUUCUUUAACUACGUUUUAUAUUUAAAACUUACCAUAUUUGAUAAAUUUAUGAAUUAACAUGGUAUAACAAUUUUAAAAAGGUAAUAUGUGAUAUAUUAAUUGCGAGUGAAUAAGAAAUUUUUAUUGUACCUGAAAGUGAUAUAAGUUAGGUGUUUGCUUUCAAGAUUCAUUAAAAAUUCUUUAACCGAAGUUAUAUACUUAACGAUUAGUAAUUUUGUGCAAGUUAUGGAGCUGUAUUGGAUUUAAGCUGAAUAAUUAUUAUUUGCUCAAUAGUUAAGCUGCAUUUGAAAAGUAAAGAAAAAACAAUGGGUCUUAAUACUAAUAAACUUUUGUAUAUUUGAUAAUAUAAUAUCUCUUAGAAACUGAACCGCAGUGAUAGAUCUACGUUUUUCAAGGUUCGUACAUAAUUUUAAAUUAAAUUCAGGGUAUAGGCUCGAUUCUUGAGCAACGUGACUGCUUAUGAUAUUUCAGUAGCAUGCUACAUUUACAUUGCAUUUAUUUUCGGUAGUAGCAGAAGUCAACUUUUAACACACUGUUAUAUUUUUUCUUCAGAAAUGUAAUAAUUAUAAUGGUUUCUUUUUGUGGUUCCACACACAAUCAUCUUAAAGGUAUUUUAAAAUUAAUGAACAUUAGGCAUUUCUCACAAGUAAAAUAUUUUAUUCACGGAACCGCUUAUUUGAAAGUUGUUAUUAAAAGAUAAUUUUAUUACAUUGCUUUCAAAAUUUCAGAUUCAUAUGUAAUUAAGGGCCAAUAACUCUUACACUUCCUAUUGCUGUGUGUUAUAGUGUUAUAUAACACAAGGGUUUAGCAAAGAAACACAUUAAUGAACAAAAAGAGAAUAGAAGAACAGAAAUAUUGUAUGUAUAUAAUAGGGCUUAUAUUUAAUCAUUUUAAAAAUACUUCACACAUUUUGCAUAAAAAUCAACUUGCAUUAUUCAGAUCUAAUGCAGUAAAUAUUCCUCAAAAUACUGUUGUAACAAUUUUUUUAUAUAACUACUGAUAACCGACAUCCAAACAGAUACUUAUAGUUAUUGUACUUUUUGUUUUUUUUUAUAAAAAGGUAGAUUUUUAGCAACAAAAUUGAGCAUUUCUAGAACACAAUAUUCUUCUUUAUAUCGAAUUAUUUCGUUUUAAAGUAAUUUACCAGUAUAAUGGCAUAUUUAAAAGUAUGCCAGUUAUAUGGAAAAAUGAGUGUUAAAAAUUAAAUUUUUUCAUCCCGAUUUUUGAUCUGCGUCUGUUUUACGAUUACAUGAUGAUUAAUACUUAAUUUUUUUUUGUAGCCUUUACAAGUCUCGUUAAGAUUAAUUUCCGUUUUAUUUCGAUUUAAUUCACUUAUUUUAUUUUCAAUUUUCCAAACCGUUC